GCAGCAUAAGUAGCUGCAGAGACUCAUCGCAGGAUAGAGAGGCGACAAUCGAUUCACACGCUCUGACCACACUUUGAUCUGAUCUGUUCGGUACCUGACGGAGCCGUGGUAGCUCAAGCUCGCUGCCGGCAUGGAGGUGGAUGGCAAGAAGCCGUACGUCAUCGCCGUGAUCAUACAGGUCAUCGCCACCGGCAUGCUCGUCACCUCCAAGGCGGCGUACAACCAGGGGUUCAACACCUACGUCUUCGUCUUCUACCGCCAGGCCGCCGCGUCUCUUCUCUUGCUGCCUCUCGCCAUUGUCCUCGAAAGGAAAAACAUACGGUUAAUCUCGUUCCGGUUGCUCAUGAAGCUGUUCCUCUAUGCCUUAUUCGGGACUACAUUUAGCUUGAACCUGUACAACGUGAGCCUCAAGUUAACAUCUGCUACCGUGGGGUCUGCAACCAGCAACUCCAUGCCCGUGGUCACCUUCAUCAUAGCGUUACUGCUGAGGAUGGAAGUGGUGAAGCUGAGGAGCCCCUCGGGCAUAGCCAAGGUGGCCGGCGUCGGGCUCUGCCUCGCCGGGGUGCUCGCCAUCGCCUUCUACGUCGGUCCGUCCCUGGACCCGGUGAACCACCACCGCGCCUUUGCUGUCGCAAACGGGGAGGCUGAUGCGAAGAGGGGGACGUGGAUCAUGGGCACGUUGCUCAUGGUGCUCGUCAACGUGACGUGGUCCCUGUGGAUCGUCCUGCAGGCCGCGCUGCUCAAGGAGUUCCCCCACAAGCUGCUCGUCACGGCGACGCAGUGCGCCUUCAGCGCGGGCCAGUGUUUCGUCGUCGCGGCGGUCGCCGAGAGGGACUUCUCCCGGUGGCAGCUGGGGUUCGACGUCACAUUGGUCGCCGUCCUCUACACCGGGUUUGUGGUGACGGGAGUGUCGUACUACCUGCAAGCAUGGUGCGCGGACAUGAGAGGGCCGGUCUUCCUCGCCGUGUGGAACCCGCUCUGCUUCGUCUUCACCAUUUUCUGCUCCUCCUUCUUCCUCGGAGAGAUCGUUCACCUCGGCAGUAUCUUGGGUGGAAUUCUUCUCGUUGGAGGUCUGUACAGCGUGCUGUGGGGUAAAAGCAAGGAGAACCGGACUGGGCCAUGUGGUGAGCCGAUUAUGAUGAUCCAUGGCGUGGGUGACGGGAAAUCUGCAGAUGAGGAGGAGAAGAAUGCGAGGAGCAAACAAGUUAACGGGGAGAUGGAGCACGAUAAAGAAGCAACGGAUGAGAGGACUUGUGGUUAUGACAAAUGGAUCGACAAACCAUGGCAGGGAAGGGAGAGAAGUGUAAUUGCUAAUCUUGCUAGCAAGAAAGAGGUUUUGGAGAAGAAGCUGAAGGAGAAAGAUGGUGACAUAGAAGCUGUGAAGGAGAAGCAGAUAAUGGAGACGAGAAUGAUUGCAAUGGAGAUCAGUUGCUAUCCAGAGAUAGGAUGAUAAUGUUUUGCUAUAUUAAUGUAUUUUGGUUUAGUCGCAAUCAUGUUUGCAAUGGCUGGCAGGUCCUGAUGCAUUUAGUUUUAAUGUAUUUUGGUUUAGUUGAGACAAAAUUAGUAUUUUGAUGAACUCAAUGAGAUGUACUACUGAAAUGCUUGGUCUGUGUAUUGAAAGAAAAUGGCAAU